AAGGCAAGUAGUCAAUGCAUUGACAUAUGAACAUUUUGAACUGACUAAAUACAACACAUAUUUUUGGAGGUCAAAGUAAAAAUGAAGAAAACGACAGAACAGUUCAUACAUGGGUUAUUUUUUUAUUGACAAAUUAACAAAUAUUACGCUAAAUACUGAAAACAAACGCUUUCUGAUUGAAUAUGGCUGAAGCUGCAGUUGAUGCUUUGAGAUUUUAUUGCCAUUUGUGCAAUAAACGUUUCCAAUCUGCUUCUUCAUCUUUCACUUGCCCAUUUUGUUCUAAUGGUUUUAUUGAAGAAGUAUCUGAACAAACUGAACUAGAUGGAGAUGGAUCAGAUGGUGAUGAGUUUGGUGUUCAUAUCAGAGAUAUACUUAUGCCGGGGAUGGUACCUUUCAUAGAAACUCGGGCAGGUAGAUCUCAACCGUUAGUUGGGGGAGUUGGAGGAAGAUCAAGAGGCACCUCUCAACAUCACGGUCAUCCACAUCCAUUUAGACCAAAUAUUGAGAAUUUUAUCCAAGAUGUUAUAAUUAAUUUGGGAGGUAACAUGCAGUUCUUUUUGGGCAAUCCUGGAGAUUACGCAUGGGGCAGAGAGGGUCUGGAUUCCAUUAUUACACAUCUAUUGAAUCAAAUGGAUUCUGCAGGUCCUCCUCCUUUAGGAAAAGAAGUGAUCGAUUCCUUACCAGUCAUUCAAAUAGAGGAAGAUCAAGUUAACAAAAAAUUGCAGUGUUCAGUUUGUUGGGAGGAUUUCAUUCUCAAUGAGGAUGUUCGACAAUUGCCAUGCUCACAUGUUUAUCACGAUGGUUGUAUAAGACCCUGGCUAGAGCUGCAUGGUACCUGUCCCAUUUGUAGACAAAAUUUAGGAAACAAUGAACAACAGAGUAGUGAUACUAAUCUACCAAAUACAAUUGAAAAUGGUCCAAGUUAUGAAGGAGCACAUGGUUCCACAAAUCAACCGGCAAGUUCCAGUAGCUCAGACAAUUCAGACAUGAUGAGGUCAAGUUUUAGUAGAGAUUGAAAUCAGUAAUUGUUUUAUUUGUAUGAUUAUUCCGUUUCAAAUUGAAUUUCCUAUUAAAUUUAAUUAUCAAAUAUCCCAUCAUCAACAGUAUCAUGAUUUAAUUUUUAGGGAUGCAUUACACAGGAUGUGCAAAUUUUGUUCUGAGUGUAGAUAAGAAAUUCAUCAGUCUUUUGUGUAUUGGUAGCUUCAUAUACUUAAAUUGCUCCAAAACCAAGAAGUAAUUUGUGCAUGUAUAUGUAAUCAAAAACAACUAAAGUCAUGUUAAUGUUAGAGAGGUAUUGUUGUCAUUUUUCUGAAAACACAAUAGAGAUGGCAAGUCGGAUAGUAAGGAUGAAUUUUUAGUGGCACAGCUUUCCAUUUUUCAUGAAAUUCACAUAAAAGCUGAAUACGUGUUGUCAAAUAUUUCAACUAAUAAAAAGGUUUGCUUGAAUAAAAA